AUGGUCCGAAAACUCAAGCAUCACGAGCAGAAGCUCCUCCGAAAGACAGACUUCAUUACAUACAAAUCCGACAAUGGCCAUCGCGACAAGGCCGUCAUGCGACGGUACAUGAUCCAGAAGCCCGAGGAUUAUCACAAGUAUAACCGUCUUUGCGGCUCUCUGCGCCAACUCGCUCAUCGCCUUUCCCUCCUCCCUCCCGAGAACGCAACACGCCGCAAGCACGAAGAGCUUCUCCUCAACAAGCUCUACGAUAUGGGUGUUCUUUCCAGCGCCUCGAAGCUCUCCGCCGUCGAGAACAGCGUUACCGUUAGCGCCUUUGCGCGCCGUCGCUUGCCCGUGCUGAUGACAAGGCUGCGCAUGGCUGAGACCGUGCAAGCGGCGACGAAGAUGAUUGAGCAGGGCCAUGUGCGUGUGGGUACAGAAACCGUUACGGAUCCUGCGUAUUUGGUCACAAGAGGCAUGGAGGACUUUGUGACAUGGACUGUGGGCAGCAAGAUCAAGAGGAACAUCAUGAAGUAUCGCGACCAGCUGGACGAUUUCGAAUUGCUGUGA